AUGGCAUCAAACAGCCUCUUCAGCUCAAUGACACCUUGCCAACAGAACUUCUACUGGGAUGCGAGCGCGACGCGGCGCUUCAGUCCCCCGUCCAGCAGCCUGCAGCCGCUGCCGGUCAAAAUGAACGAGGUGAGCAGCAGUAGCAACAGCAGCGGUGGAUGUGGAGGUGGUAUUGGAAAUAUUAACAACAGUAUGAGCGCCGGGAAUGCAGGAGGAGGAGGUUCGGGACAGCAGGACUCCAGACUGCGCCCGAUAGAGAAUCGUUCCAUGGCCGAGAUCAUCGCCGAUCACCCCGCCGAGCUGGUGCGCACCGACAGUCCCAAUUUCCUCUGCUCCGUUCUGCCCUCUCACUGGAGGUGCAACAAAACCCUGCCUGUCGCCUUUAAGGUUGUGGCAUUGGGUGAUGUUCCUGAUGGCACUGUUGUAACUGUCAUGGCUGGAAACGAUGAGAAUUAUUCAGCUGAACUACGCAAUGCCUCUGGAGUGAUGAAGAACCAAGUGGCUCGCUUUAACGAUCUACGCUUUGUCGGCCGCAGUGGGCGAGGGAAGAGCUUCACCCUGACGAUUACAGUGUUCACAAAUCCACCACAAGUGGCCACUUACCACAGAGCCAUUAAAGUGACCGUCGAUGGACCACGUGAGCCAAGGAGGCACAGGCCGAAGUUGGACGACUCUCCCAAGGCGGGCCUGUUCUCCGACCGCCUGAGCGAGCUUGAACGCAUCCGGCAGAGCACCAUGAGGGUAGCUGUGCCAACUCAAACCCAUCGGACCUCGCUAAACACCCCUAAUUCGUUCUCUCCUCAGGGCCAGAGCCAGAUUUCAGACCCACGCCAGUCGCAGUCGUCCCCACCGUGGUAUAAUGAGCAAGCGUAUCCAUCGUACCUGAACCCCAUGGCAUCCCCCUCUGUGCACUCCACCGCCCCUCUAUCCUCCAGCCGCGCUACAGGCCUGCCUUCCAUCAACGAUGUGUCCCGCCGCCUGCCAGGUAACCUACCUCCUCAGGCACCUGCAGGUUCUACAGACCUGACUCCCUUCCCUGGGCAGUUUGAGCGCCAGUUUCCGGGCUUCUCCUCCAUCACAGAGAGCCGAUACUCCAGCCCGCGAAUGCACUACCCGCCCACAUUUACCUACACACCUACCCCUGUUAGCACGGGCAUGUCGCUGAGCAGUGGCCAUUACACAACAUACCUGCCCCCACCAUACCCAGGCUCCACUCAGAGCCAGAGUGGACCGUUCCAGAGCAGUAGCACCCCCUAUCUGUACUAUGGGGCCUCUUCCGGCUCCUACCAGUUCUCCAUGGUUCCAGGGGGAGACCGAUCACCCUCCAGGAUGCUGCCCACCUGCACUAGCGCUUCCACAGGCACCACGAUGGUCAAUGCCAGUCUGCCAGUCCAGGCUGAUGGAGGGAGUGGGGUGGAAGAUGACGGCAGCCACAGCAACUCCCCCACCGUGCUCAAUCCAGCAGGUAGGAUGGACGAAGGAGUGUGGCGUCCUUAUUGA